CAGGUGUAAAAACCACCUGUAUGAUCCUAAAAUAAAAAUUACUUUCACAUUCAGCAGCUAAGAGUAGAGUAGAGCCCCGAAGUCAAUGACCAUAGCAGAAAUAUGUUGCUUUUUACAGUUUUGUGUCAAGUCUGUAACCGUUGUAUAUCGUUGAGGAAUGCCAGAUCUUACAAUACUUUUUAUUUUCGACUUUAGCGGUGUAAUUCCGUAUAAACCUGUGUGAUUUUUAUUAUUUUGUGACUGUAAAUUGUAUAAAAUGAGUGUCAACGUUGCAGCAGAAGAAAAGAUUCACCGAAAAAUGCAUGAAUUGUUUAUGCAAGUUUUAAAAAACCGGGAUCUUUCCCGAGCCGGGGAUCUUUUUUCUGUUCCUGAUUCUGUUAUAACUAAUGAUUUGUCCAAUGUGCUAAAAGAAAUAACAGUUAUUGCUUCUUUACCAGACUAUGUCAAUAAUGAUAAUGAUCAGAGCGUUGUAGAGAUAUGCGUAACAAGGGUGACUUCUUGUAUAAGGGAAACAGGCACAGUUGAACAACACUGUGAGGCUCUUGUCAAUUUACUUGAAUCUUGCCUACAUCACAAUCUACAGGCAUCAGCCAGAGAUGAGGACACUCCCCACGCCAAGAUAUCUUCGGAUAUUAUUUCAUGCAUAUUUUUGAAUUAUAGUAAAAAGUCUGUAAUGCAACGAGCACUUCCAGUAGCUGUGAAGUUUUUACAUAAGGGCAAUAAGGAACUGUCAAGAAAUAUGGCUUCUUACUUAUCUUUGGCAGCUAUGGAACACGCUUCCUUGCUCACUCCCCAUGUGCAGCCAAUUAUGGAUUCUAUAAUAUCAGGAAACUAUCCUCUAUGUAGGGUUCUACCUAACAUAUAUGAAGUUUCUCGAGAACCCUUCCAAGGUCAUGCCAUGGCUUUGGUCUCUCUCCUUCCUCACUGUGAUAAUCAAGAAAAAUUAGCUUUGUUAAAUUUAUUUACAUUAAUGGCGAAAGAUAACCCUACGUUAUUAGAAGCAAGCGUUCCACAGUUGUGCGAAUAUCUCAGCAGCCCAGUAACUGUAGGUCCUACUCUUGAAGUAUUUGUACAUAUGGCAGAACGGAUGCCAGGAUUAUUAGUUGACCAUAUCAAUGCUGUCAAACAUUCUGCUCAAAAAUAUCCACAAACUGUGUGUUCGGCAGCCCAGAUUAUAAGUUCAGUCGGAAAAUUGAGCAAGGAUCGAGCACAGGACGCUUUAAAUUUUGUACUUGAAUACUUACCUAAGGCUGAUAGAAGUUCUCAAACUAUAUUAUUGCGAGAGGCAACUCUAUUGUGCAGCUCAUAUCCAGUACUGUUUACAGAUAAGGUCCUGUUGGGAAUUCGACAUAGACAUCACACCAGCACAAAUCAAAUUAGUCAGGGUUCAACACCCACAACUCAGAGCCAAGUGACAUCCGGAGGAGUGACGAUCGUGAAAGUUGGAGGAGUUCAUACGACGACCCCGACACCUAACGCCGGAUAUACGCGUAGAGCGAAAUUGGGUGACUCCAGAAGUACGGGAAGAUUACAUACGGCUCCCAGUAUUAAUACACAUAGGAGUAUGACAAAACUUAAUAUAGCUGGAGGUAAAUAUACUUCUGUUUUUUAUUAA